UUCCGAUUUCCCCCAGGUAGAGAUAAGAGAAGAGUUGCUGUCUCGCGCCAGCGCAUAUCCACUUUCACGUUCUAUCGGUGGGAACCUUUUAUUUUUGCACUUGAGGAACAAAGUCAAGGAUUGGAGCGAUGGGAAUCAAAGCAGAUAACGUUCCAUCAUGCCCCAAAUACACCCUCUUCGCCUUCAACCUCAUCGUCUUGGGGCAGUCUCUUGGAGGCGGGAUGUGGAGAGGAGGAGUCACCUCCUCCCCUUAUAUCUGCUGGUCACCCCCUGAAGUCCACAGGGGAAUGGAGAUGAGGGGAGGGGAAGGGGAGGGGGGAGGGGCCUUGAACGUUCCUCGUAGAAAGAAAGAGACGUUCUUUGAGGUUCUUCCUGCUGGAUUCCUGAUCGGAGGCUUGAUCAUGACGAUCGUGGGGAUAGUGGCAUUGGCGGAUGAUGACUAUUUUGCGGGCAGGGAAUUCUUGGAACCUAAGAUGUUCAGGGCUGGAGCCAUCCUGGUCAUCACCGUCGGUAUCUUCAUCAUCAUCUUCUCGUUCCUCGGAUGCUGCGGAGCCAUCAAGGAAUCCUCGUGUCUCCUCAUGACCUACGCCGUGCUGACAUCGUUGGCCCUCAUCGGGGUUGGAACUGUCGCCAUUCUGGGAUUUGUCUUCAAGGAGAAUGUCGUGGAGCUCAUGGAUGAUAAACUCAGAGAUUUCAUGAAUCGUUACGAACCAGAUAAUCCCAACGACCCGGAGACGUAUGCCUGGGACAAAUUACAGAGCAUCUGCACGCCGACAAACAAAAACGUUUACACUGCCGGAUGCAUGGCUAUCGUCCACAAACUGGAAGGAUAUGCUGGGACCCUGGCUAUCGUCGCCCUUGUCUUCGCUAUCCUCAUGGUAGACCAGAGGGAGUUCCGCAAAUAUUUGGCUUGGGUUGCCAAUGAGCAGGGCCGGCGGAAGAAGCCCUGCUUCCUUUGCGGCCGCAGGGGCCUCCGGAUUCUAGGGAGCCCCAGCCCCAAGAGGACAAAGGAAUAA